UCUCUGAUAUUUUAUUUACUCCUGAAAUCCAAGAUGGCUGCUUUGAAUGUCUCGGUCCCAUAGCAAUUGAGGAUGCAAGUAGCUACUGAAAAAACAACUUUUCCCCUGCCAUCUCAUCCCCUGCAAUUUAAUUCGAAUGGUGCGGAGGACCCCCUUACAUCUUACUAGUCACUAAUUAGGCAUUGCAUCUUCGCGUAAACCCCUUCAAUUCGCCAAUUUGAAGUAGUUUCGCGAAGUAGCUCGUGCUGUCGCUGUCUGUCCGGAGCGAGGUUCAGACAGGCAGCUCAUCCAAAUGGCCGAACCGAGAAAAGUACAAUUUGUCACCCUCUCGGCCUUCGCUACGGGAUCAGCCACGGAGUCUAGGAAACGCCGGUUAGAGGAUGACGAGGCCGACAUCGACUUGGAUGGAGAUGGAGAGGUCGACUCUACCGCGACCGGGGCAGGAGGUGGCAGUGGGCUUUUCGGCAAAACUGACGACAAGGACAACGCUAAACCAAAACGGAUUACCGUACGAUUGAACCUUUCUCUGUCCGAGCCCAGUGAUCAAUCGUCGGCGGAGUUUAACUACGCCGAACUCCUCCAAAACAUCCAGGCAAAGAAGAAUUCUCAUACCCCAACUCAAACGUCAGCUCCCUUUUCUCGGCCUCCUGCCCUUGACCCUAACGACCCAUUUAACGACGACGAGAGAGAACGACUGCAGGUGGAGGCCAUGGCCAAGAGGUUUGAGAGCAAAUAUGGCAAUGUGAACGCGGCAGGGAAGAAGAAGAGGAAGGACAGAAUGCAGGAUCUGAUUGACAUAGGCUUUGGCUAUGACGAGACGGACCCAUUCAUCGAUAACUCAGAGGCUUAUGAUGAGCUGGUCCCGGCCUCACUGACCACCAAACUGGGAGGCUUCUACAUCAACACGGGGACGCUGCAGUUCAGAGCGGCGUCCGAGUCCGAGGGCGAAGACGGUGCCAAGGACGGCCAACCCUGGGUGAAGAAGCUGAAGGAUGGUGACGAGCAAGGGAUCAAGAGAAGAAAGAGGAAAGAAGGGAACAGCUUGGAGGAGAAAAAACCCAAGAAAAUCAGAGUUCCAAAACCAGGUGUCUCUUCUCUGAUGAACAUCCACCGGCCAGAGAAGAAGAAGAGGAAGAAACUGAUGAAGGACUCCCUUUGCUUGGCGGCCAUGCUGUGCCGCUUUACCCGGGAGAAGCAGGAGAUGAGGAAGAUGACCACCGGCGCGCCACAACCUGGCCUGGGUAGCUCCCUGAACAAUGCCUCGCGAGCCAAUCACCCCCUGCCUAACUCCAACCUGCACGCCACCGCGGCUAACAACGAAGUCUCAUUGGCCGAGCUCACCGCGGACCCCGCCAUGAUGUCACUGCUGUGCUCGCCCAGUGACCAGGAGCUCCAGGACCUUCUGGGUGACCUGGAGUUCAUGGAAUCCGCGGGCAAUUUGGACGGCUGCAUGCCUGAAGGGGAGAACAGCCUCGUUGGAAGUGGAGUUUCAGGGCAUAAGGCAGGUGGGGGGUUAGGAAGAGGGCCUGGGGCCUCAGGGGGUCAUCUACACCCCCCUCCGCUUCCCGACGGCCUGCCCCCCCCCCUCAUCAAGCGCAUCGAGGACCUGCGGAUGGCCUCGCGUCAGUUUGAUCAGGAGGGGAGAAAGAAAUUCUUCACCCUGGAUAUGAAUAACAUCCUGCUGGACAUCGAGCUCCAGGUGCAGGAGCAGCCGACGGCGGUGCGGGAGCAGGUCUACUCCCACCUGGAGGCCUUCGUGCCCUGCAACAAGGAGGCACUGCUCAAGCGUCUGAAGAAGCUCAGCCUGAACAUCCAGGACGAUCGUCUCCGCGCGCCCCUGCUGAAGCUGAAGCUGGCCGUGUGUGCCGUGAUGCCCGAGCAGAUCCAGCGCUACAACGUGGACUGCAUGGCCAAGGCCGCCAACAGGCAGCCGCAGCCCAUGGAAGGAGAGAAGAACGGCUCGGAGGAGGAGGACGAGGGCAAGCCCGGGAAGAGGAUGAUGGGCCCGCGGAAGAAGUUUGUCUGGGAUGACAAGCUCAGGUCUCUGCUCUGUAGCCUUGUCCGGGUCAAGCUGAGCUGCUAUGAGCUGGAGGCAUCCCAGUGUUCUCUGUCAGUGGAGGACUACCUGAAAGCCUUCAUGGAGAACGAGGUCAAACCACUGUGGCCCAAAGGCUGGAUGCAGGCCCGCAUGCUGUUUAAAGAGAGUCGGGCCGUACACAGUCACCUGACUGGGAACAUGGUCAAGAAGAGGAUGCUCCCCAUCCCCCGGGCUAAAGCAAAGGAGGGCCAGUGGACCCAGCAGAGACCCAGCCUCCCCGCGACUACAACCCCCUCCCUCCCCCAUGUCCCCACCGCCCCCUCGGUCAUCCAAGCCCGCCGGCCCCCCUCCUCCCCGUCGGAGCCCAUCUGCCUGUCCGACUCGCUGGACGAGGACCUCAGUGCCCCCUCGCUGGACUCCAUCUCCCAUGCCCUGGCCUUCCUCAGCCAGGCCGCCAAGGGCCUGGGUCCUCACGGGGGCCCCGGCGACCUCACCCUCACCUCGCCACUGUCCCCCCCGCCCCUCCAGAUGCCCAACUCCUCGCCCCCCUCCGUCACCCCCCACUACUCCUCGACCUCCUCGUCCGUUCUCACGUCGCACUCCCUCCCCAAGGCGAACGCCGCCUCGUCCGCCCCGACGUCGUCUGUCGCGACCACGCCGUCUACCUCUCCCGCCGCGUCCUCGCCGGGCCGCAUGCAGUUGGCGGGCGUCACGUCGGUGUCCCGCGGCUCCGACGGGCCAUACAGCACCACGAAGCUCCCGGGGUCGGCGGCGCAGACUCCGAGGCACAGCGUCGGCGCGGCCGCUCACCGGCCGGGGGGCGUGGUCGGAGGGAGCAAGCUCCACCCGCCAGCGUCCCCGUCCCAGCCCACCAAGCAGCGCCCGCCUCCCACGGCCUCUCCUCUCCUGCCGCCCCACCAGAAGGCGGCGCUGGGCUUGGGGGCGGGUCUUCCAGGGCCAGGGAAGAGCGCUGCCAAAGCCGUCAGUGGCAGUAACGGCAGCGCCGCGAUGAGCACCGCGACCUCCUCCGCCCCCCAGUCCCGCGGCGCCAACUCCCACCCCCAGCAGCCCUCCUACCUGACCUCCCCUGUGGCCACCUCCCAGACCUCCUCCAGCCAUCAGGGCAAAGCCAACCCGCCACACCAGUCCAACUUCAUCACGCCCAUGCAGGCCACGCUCACCAAGUCCUCCCACAGCAGCAAUGCCUCCCCCAUCAUCAAGCUCACCCCUAGGCCACCCGCCCCCACCCCUCCUCCGCCCACCUCCUCGUCCCCCACCUCGUCGUCCUCCUCCUCCUCUCCCUCCCACACCCUCCUGUCUCACUCGCAGAUGAUGGCCAGCCCACUCCAGUAUCAGUCUCCCAAGACCCCUGGCUUCCGCUCCCCGUUCAGCAUCCCGGGGGGGGGUCAGGUGAAGGGCCAGGGCUGUUACAGCUUCGCCGGGGGCCAAAAGGCUCCGACCGUUAUUAGCAGCAGUAGCUCCAACAGCAGUCCCUUGGGCAUGUCGCCCGUCUCCAGUCGCCCGGACAGCAGCCCCUCCCCCUCCGUGGUCUCGUCCAGUCACGGGCCAAGGCAGAGGGCCGUGGGUGGUGCCAAGGCAGUGAGCAGUCGGGCGCCGAUGGCGACCAUGGCAGCACCCCCGGUCACCUCACAUCUAACACAGGUGUCUUCUGGAAGCCCCCUCCUGGGGGGUCCAUUAGGCUUUGGGAUGCUGGGGGGGCUGGUGCCUGUCUCGCUGCCCUUCCAGUUCCCCUCGCUACUCAACUUUUCUCCCCCCGGAGCUCCGGGGGUCAGCGGCUUGGGCACAGGAGCCAACUCAGGAUACACCCUCGCACAGAGUGACUUAAUGGAGCUGUAUAAGAGUCUCCAGUCAGGUUCACAAGCUGCUCUACCUCCUCACUUGCAGCUUGCUUUCUCAGAUGCCAACCAAAGCCCAGGUGGCGACAUGAAGAGGAAGUCCCACUGACCGAUGGAGAUGCAGAACGGAGAGUGACAACGCAUCCUCUUCUGGAGACAUCCACUACGUCGGGGGGCGGGGGGGGCACUUUGAUUGGACAGACAGACCCAAUGAUGUAAUACAGGAGGGAGGAGCCUCUCCCUUCGAUACAGACGGACUUUAGGAAUCACUUCCCUCUCACUAUGGCGAUCUAUUAAUUUAAUUUAAUGGUAUUUUUUAUGAUUACUGGGUUAAAGCUGGGCCUGGGGGGGGGGGUUAUUAUGAUGAACUUUGAACCUUUUUCUUGUCAACAUGUUUACAUGACCGACCUUUAUCACUGUGGAAUGAAAUAGGACAGGGAGGACAGGGUUGUAUUCACUAGGCAUCAAAUGGAAGACAUCUGGCCCGGACAGGGAGGGGCUGCCUAAAGCGGAAAACACCUGUUUCACUUCCAAAAAAACGGGCCCCCCACGCGGUUCCCUAAUAAAUAUGACCCGAGAGAGUAUGCUAACAAGUCAUUUCAUUUGUUUUUAAGUCAAUGUGGAAUUAAACUUUUUUUUUCUUUCCACUUCAGCCAUUAGAAGUAUUUCUGUGGUUGUGUAGCCUCUCAAUGUGAGAAAGGCAGUUAUUUACCGAUGUGGGAUGGUGUGUCCAUAGAGCUGUACCGUUUUAAAGUCGCCUCUGCUCCCCACAACUGACUGUUAGGGUAGUCUAGAUAAUAUUAAUAUUGAUAAAUUAUUUGUAAUUUACACAGGGACAAAAAAAAUGUUUAUGAGGUGUGUGUGUGAGUGAGUGGGAUUGAAUGUGUGUACAUAAACAACAUAUUAUAAUGUACUGUAUUUUCUUUCCAGGUCAGUCUGUGAUAUGGUUGAGUGUGAGAAUUGCAUAUUCAAUGUGUGUGUGUGUGUGUGUUUUCCCCUCUCCUGCUCAGCUUGUCUGAGGCUGUAUAUUCACACUGGACCUUUUCGGUAGGAAAAAAAAACUUGAACUGUAGAAGCUAGAUUCCUCUUAUGGUUGGAGGAGUGGAGAGUGAGAGGGGGAGAGUGAUGCGAGAUUGUAGCCUACUUGAACUUUAUUUUUUAAAUGUAAUUGUUAAUUAAUUUACUUUGUAAACCGCUUAUCAACUCAAACACACUCACAACUCAAUAUAACAAAACGCCUUAGUUUGUAAGUUUUAUUGAAGAACUAUGCAGGACUAUAAAUGCUUCAAUGCAAAAGUGCAAGUUGUCGCUUGGCUUUCAACCUCUUUUUCAACUGUCAGCGUAUUUUCUGGUAGUUGUGAUUGUUUGGUGUGUGGGUGGGUGUGCUGGAUGUAUGUCAGACUCCUUUUUCCACCUUAAGACCUCCUUACCUACUGAAUACCUCUUGAAACUGUUCUUCCUUCUUCCCCUCUUCCAAUAUCUGUACAUCGAUCAUUCUUCAUCCCCCACUUCAGAUGUCUGUAUGAAUUCCAACCAGCUGCACCAGGAACGGCACCAAAGAGGAGUUUCAUUGCAAUUGAUGGGGUGCGUUGGUCUGUGUGUGUGUACAUGUGUUUGUUUCAACAUUCUCUUCUAAUUGUACAUCGAUGAGUGUUGUCACUCUGUGGUCUGUCAGAUUGUCAUGGUGAAGAAAACUUUUUCAUUUCUGUAACUGGAGCAGGGGGUGACAUUUUGAAGCUUUUACGCUUCGGGGCGGGUAAAAAUGACAUUUCAUGGUAACUGGUUACAGUGAUUAAUUCGGUCUCUUUUGUAGAUUAUUUUUGUGUCGAUUAUGGAAUAAAAAUGUUUUGUUUUCAGA